AUGGAGCAUGCGGUGAAGAGGAGAUCACCUCGAAGGAAGCAAGAUAGGAUCAUCCUGCAUUUCGAUUACGACUGCUUCUACGCACAGGUUGUUGAGAAUGCCCAGCCUGCGCUGAGGUCGCUCCCGCUUGGCAUCAAGCAGAAGAGCAUCCUGGCGACAUGCAACUACGAGGCCCGGAGGCGCGGUGUCAAGAAGCUGCAGCUCAUCUCUGAUGCCAAGAGGAUUUGCCCGGACCUGGUCCUUGCUGAUGGCGAGGACCUGUCUGCGUUCCGAGACGUGUCCAAGAAGCUGCACGGCCUUUUGAGGUCGUACUCAUGGAACAAGAAGGUUGAGCGCCUGGGACUGGAUGAGGUCUUUCUGGAUGUCACCGACCUGGUCGAGUUCAACGUCGGUCUACUGAACCGGAACGCGUUGCCGGAUUCGUUCUUCUGCCUGUCACGGGACAACCCUGAGAAGGGCUUUAGCUUCGACGCUACUGCCAUCGCGGGCUGUGUUGCUGGCGAUGGCCAUGGGGAGGAUAAUCAUGACAACCUUCUUUUCGUCAAACUUGUUCUUUCGUCACACCUGGCAAGAUAUAUUCGCCUGAAGGUAGAAGAAGAGGGCUACACAUCGGCAUGUGGCAUCUCAACCAACAAGGUGCUGAGCAAGUUGGCAGGCACUGUGAACAAGCCGAGAAAUCAGACGACGCUGCUGUCGCUUCAUGAAGAUGAGGUCCUCAAGUUCAUGGACUCGUACGGCCUCCGUGAAGUUCCCGGAAUAGGAGGCAGGAUAACACACACGCUGGAGAGCUACUUUCUUGGAAGAGACGCGGACACGGACACUUUCGUCAACGGGUCCGCCGUGACAGUAGGAGAGUUCAGAAAUCGACAAGAGGUCUCUCCCCACAUGCUAGAAAAGUUACUGGGCAGUCGUCCCGGGGCCGAGAAAGGCAUAGGGGAGAAGGUAUGGGCUCUUCUGCACGGCGUUGACGACACGGACGUCAAGGCAGCGAGCCUCAUCCCAACACAGAUCUCGAUUGAGGACACUUAUCCUGGCCCGAAGGGCGGGCUAAACACGUCUGCAGAGGUUGAACGCGAGCUACUAAAGCUUGCGGCGUCUCUAUUGCGGCGCAUGCAUGUUGACCUGACCGAAGUCGGUGAACCAGACAAAGACUCCGCGGCGUCAGUAGAGGGUGCCAGGCGUACGAAGUGGCUGGCCCACCCUAAGACCCUCCGAUUGUCAACCCGUCCGAAGUCGUCGCCCAACGAGGGCACGCCUUACAACUGGGGCAGAGCCAGUCGAAGCCAGCCACUUCCGUCAUUCGUCUUCCACGACGUCAACCAUCAAACUAUCGUCGGGAGGCUCGUAAAAGAGGCGUUGUUCCCGAUGUUCUUCCAGCUAAACCCAGACAAGGCUGAGGGGUGGAACAUCGGCAUGAUCAACAUCUGCGUAGCAAACAUGACCCUCACGGCAACCGAGGAAGCAGCCGGGAGCGGGAGAGACAUCUCGCGGAUGUUCAAGAGGCAGGAUGAGGUUCUGCGCGAGUUCAGGGUAUACGACGACGGGAGCGAGGUGCCGCCAAAAGUGAAUCAGGCUUCAAAAAUGGGAGAAGCUAGCGAAAAGUCAGGCUUGAGUCUGACGGUGGUGGACGGUGAUGACCUGGAUGUUGGGGACGGCUAUGCAUCCGAGUCUGGAUCGGAAGCCUGGGGUGACGAGGAUGGAAGCCAGGCAUGUCCGAGGUGCGGACACUACCUGCCCGUGUUCGCAAUUUCUGCGCAUCAGCGGUAUCACGCAUUAGAGGAGCCAUAG